AUGGGCAACGGUGGUGGUGGUGGGGGUGGUGUUACUUUGUCACACCGGACCCUGGACCCAGUCAUGGCGACUAAGUGGCAACAUACGACCCACCAUAAGAAAUUAGACGGAGAGGCGUCGGCGUCGGCGGCGGGCGCUGCGCCGGCGGCGGGCGGCGUCGCCGUCGGGGCCGCCUCGGCCUCCAGCGGUGCGGGGGCGGCGCCGGCGGGGGCGGCGCUGCGCGCCUGGGCGUCCCGGCGGCGGCCGCUGACGCUGGGCUGCCCCCGCGCCGCCCCGACCGCCCCCGUCGUGGGCUGGCUGCUGCACGACCGGCCGCUGGCGCUGCGGGACGACGGCCGGCGGUCGCUGCUCGCCGACGGCUCGCUGCACAUCGCCAAGGUGCAGCCCAAGGCAGACCUGGGGGAGUACCGCUGCAUGCUGCGGACUCCAGAGGGACUCGUGGCGUCUCCAGCCAUCGCCCUGGAGCUCGCAGGUAUCUCGCACGAGUUCUCCGCGGUCCCGGAGAACGUGACGGCGACGGCGGGCGAAGUCGUGCGUUUCACGUGCCAAAUCCAGUCAGUUCCAAGUGCGACCAUCGCGUGGGAGCACAACAAGAAGCAACUACCUCAAAACAGCAGAUACGUUACUGUAGAGCCGGGAGUUCUCUACAUAACCUCUGUUGAAAGCUCAGACGAAGGCAACUACAGAUGCGUCGCGACGAACCCCGCGACGGGCAAGAAGCGGCCCAGCCCCGAGGCCCGGCUGUCGGUGGAGCGGCGGCCGGCGGGCGCCGCCCCCGCCGCCGCCGCCGCCCCCGCACGGCUGCUGCCGCCGCUGGCCGCCGUGGUGAACGCGACCGAGGGCGGCGCCGCGACGCUGGUGUGCGCCGCCUCCGGCCUGCCGCCGCCGGCGCUGCGCUGGCUGCACCCCGAGGGCGCCGCGGGGGCGGUGGGGGCGGGGCUGGUCGCGCUCGAGCUCUCCAACGUGACGGCCGCCAGCGCCGGGGACUACACCUGCGCCACCGAGGACGGCGAACAGGAGCAGAAGGUGACACUGUCAGUUUGGCAGGCGCCGGAAGUGCGAGUGAAGCCACCCUCUCAGAGCUUUCCUGCCGCCAAGACUGUUCGCUUCAACUGUGAGGCGGUCGGGGAGCCCAAGCCAGAGAUAGUGUGGUUCAAGGACGGAGUGCGGCUCCACAUCAAUGGCCGAAUGAAGCAGAGGGGUGCAGAACUGCUGAUCGCGACGACGCAGAUGUCCGAUUCGGGCCUGUACCAGUGCGCAGCCCGCAACGCCGCGGGGGAGAACUACGCCGUCGCCCGGCUGUCGAUAAAGUCGCCGUCACGCAUCGACCCUCCGCGCGGCCUCUCGUGCCGCACGCUGGCCUCGGGUGGCAUCGAGCUGUCCUGGAACCAGCCACCCGGUGGCAACUUCACCGCCUUCACUGUCCACUACCUGCCCACAGAAGGAGGGGAGGAGACACAGUUGGUCACAGUCAAUCAGUCGAUACGCGUGGAGGACCUGCAGCCGUUCACCAACUACACCCUCUACACGCGCGUCUACUUCCAGCGGUCAGCCAGUGAGGAGUCGGAGCGAGUCAUCUGCCGAACUGCGGAGGGAGUUCCGACAACAGCGCCACGGGUGUCGGUGCAGACAGUGGAUGCGACGACGGCAUCCGUGAGCUGGCAGCCGCUGACUCCGGUGGAGGCGCGUGGCCACGUCGCGUCUUACAAGCUGCAGUGGGGGCCGCAGGGGGAGCCCGCUUACAGCGUCGAGGAGCUGCCGCCCUCCACCACACACUAUGUCCUCACAGGGUUGGAACCGGGGAGACAUUACAACGUCAGAGUCCUGGCGGCGACAAGCCGCGGCUACCCGACGGAAGACCUGCCGUGGGUCACGGUGCAGAUGCCCAGCGGCAGUGUGGAUGGGGACGAGGGGCCCGGUGGCGGCGUGGGUGGGAGCCCCGUGGCAGUCGCCCUGGUCGUCACGCGCGUCAAUGCCACCGUGCUGCAGGUCGCAUGGAAGAAGCCGAAUACUUCUGUCGACGACGGAGUACAGCUGUGGUACAGGCCGCGUGGCAGUUCGGAGGUCGGCCCCUUCACUUACGACGCCAACGCGACACGUGCGGUGCUCACGGGUUUAGUGGAAGGGCCACUCUACGAGAUUCGCGUGCGCUCCGGUGGCGUGGCCGGCUUCGCGGUGUCCGUCCCGUCACUGCCUCCCCCGCUAGACGUCUCGGCCACCCCUACCUCCCCGCGGUCCCUCCGCAUCGCGUGGACCGCCUCGCCAGACGUGGCGCGCUACAGUGUCGCAGUUAUACCUCUGGGCGUUCCGGGUGGAGCAGAGGGGAAGCAGCGACACUUCUUAGUCAGCACACCACCUGCCAUUGAGGUGACAGAGCUGGAGCCGAACACCCUGUACGAGGUUAAGAUACGCAGUGAGGACUCGGCUGGACGGAAGGGUCCCUACGGGCAGACUAUGGAAGUCAGGACGCCAGAAGACAUCCCGAGCCACGUGCGGGACGUGAGGACGGAAGCCCUGAACCGGACAGCCAUCCGCGUCACCUGGCGUCCGCCCGCCGUGCUCAACGGUGUCCUCAUCGGCUACACGGUGGCUGUCGACCCCAACCGCACGGCUGCUCUGCCCGGCAAAGCAGUCCGUGCUGCCAGUGUGUCUGCCGUGAAGCACUCUGCCGACGUGUCCGGCCUACAGCCGAAUCUGCAGUACUUCGUGACGGUGUCUGCUCGCAACGGUGCGGGACACGGCCCGCCAUCCGGCGCCAAAGCGGUGGUCAUCAGGGUGGCCGGAAACGAGUCGCGUGAAGUCACGCCCAUCCCGACUGUGCUGCCGCCUCCUCCCGGUGACCAGCCGCCUGUAGUCUACGAUGACCAACACCUCGUUUCACCCGUCCCUCCGGCAGGCAUCGCGAUCGGAGUGUCGGUGGGCCUGGCCUGUGUCGUGGUGUGCGUGGCGGCCUUCCUGUGGCGCAGGCACUGCCCCAAGGUCCGGGGCGGGCGGCACCGGCGGGGCCGCGUCCCGGGGCUCGCGGGGUGUGGCGGCGGCCCGGAGGGGGGCGGCAGGGGCGCGGCCGGGCGGUACGCGCGGCCGCAGCAGCGCCAGUGGGAGCUGGAGGUGCUGGACGCGGCGCCGCCACUGGCCGAGUCGCACAUCCCGCCCCCACCGCCACCCGAACUUUUUGACACCAAGGGCGGCUACCCGAACGGUCACACAAACGGAGUGAAGCGUCCGGUGCUGAGCAACGGUCGCAUCCCUAAUGGCCACACGUCCACGGGCAUCCACAUUACCGAGAAUCCACAGUACAAAUGUGGAGACAAGGGAGGUGCCUCCCUGGGGAACGAGGGCCUUCAGGCGGGGGCAGGUGCCAGUGAGGUUGCGGGGGUGGGGGAGCAGGAACAGCUCCUCGUGCAGCACGGAUCCGCCACCAGCGACUCUGUUGCGGCGGACACUUCAGCUGAGGGUUCGGUUGUGGACACGACACAGGUGACCCUCCUGGGCUCCGACAUGGCGUCAACGACCUCAGAGUAGCCGUUCGGAACCAGCCACUCCGUGUAUGGAUGCGGGUACAUGCCACACGAUGCUUCCUCCUCCUCCUCCUCCUCCUCCUCCUCGCAUUUCUUUCUGCCGCCGGCACCGUUGUGCGUACUACUACUCCGGCCACUUCUCGGAAAUGGCACACUGUCGCCGUCAGAGAGGGAGAGGUGUGGUUUUUCUAAAGUUUAAGUGAUGUGUAUUAUAAAGCGUAGUGUUAAGGGUAGCGUAUUUAUAAAUGUUUAAUUUGUAUAAUGUUUCUCUUCUUUGCUUUUUGCCAUUUUUUUCUGAACGUAGUACGGAGUGACGGAGCAGAAAAGACAAAUUUAAUUUUCUAAAAAAAAUUUAAAAAAGUGACAACACGAUAGUGUCUGGGAAUAAAUUACUCGUACAGUGAUAUUAGUAUACUUUGCCUAAUUACUGUAAAGGAAGAAGAGUAAUAGUGGAACAAUAUUUAAUGUAGCGACCCUUUUUAUUUUGUUAUCGAUUUGUCGGGAGCGGCUGCCCGUGUCGCAACUGCACCGCAAUGUGCGCCACUGUCAGUUGGCUGUGAGCGACUGUAAAAGCGACUGAAGCGUAGCUUGCGAGACCGAGAUUCCACUUUAUUUUUUAUUUGUCAGUAGCAGUGUAGCUACCGUUGGUCACUUUAAGUGUCUCGCCUAGCAGUUCUAAACAGAUAAAAGUUUAAACAAACACUAUUGCUGGUUCUGUAUGACACAGAUGUCCUGUGUGCAAAUGAAAAAAAGAAAAAAAAGAGAAUCAAUUGAUGGUACCUGAAAAUAACUCUUCUUGUAAAAAAUGUAACAGAAAAUUAUAAUACAAAACGCUGUUUAAACCGACAGGUUUUAUUACAUUUCCAUGUACACUAAUCAGUGUCUAGAAUAGUUUCCAAGUACAGUAGUUAUUCUGCAUUCCAUUAGAUGUCAGGCAGAGGGAACAGAUUGUUGCACCCUUUGAUAGACUGCGUUUUAUAAUUUCUUGUGAUUAUUUGUGUUGCUGAUCAAAAACUACCGUAAUUGUAUCAUCAAGUGCUUUGUGGCCAAUAAUUGUAACAGUAGUCGGAGUCCAAACAAAACAUUGAGAAAGCCUGGAAUAAUAUAGUGUCUUAUUCACCAUUUGUCCCUAGAUUACUUGAAUCGCUGACCCACAAAUGACACACUUUCAUCCAGGUUGAUAACCCGAACUGGAAAUUAUAAUAAGAAAGGGAAAAGAAACACACGGGAAAAAUACUGGACCAAAUUUGGUUCUCUCUUCAUUAAUUGAUACAGUAAGAAUGGAGAGUUCCUUUUUAAUAUGCUCCAGAAGUGGACGGGAUUUAUAAGGUACCUCUCUUUAGCCGAAGUCUUCCAGAGUACAAUCUGGCUAUCUCAUUCAGUGUCCAAUAUCUCUUUGUGUGUAAACGUGUGCAUCAGAUCCAGGCUGUGUGAAGGAGGAAAUGUUAUGAGUUUGAUUUGUUGCAGAACUCUGCAGGAUUUAGACGUUGAGCUUUGGAUGCCUUGCUCUAACUGCACAGUACUUCAGCAGAGAUGAAGCCUCUUCACAUUUUUUUGUGUAGCCUGGGUCUGACUUUUUUCAGAUUCGAGAUAGUGUUGGUAAAACAGUUUUUUGUUUUGAUUACUCAAUUAUCUCAAGAUAAGAGCUACUACAACACUAUUUCAGUGUUUACAUGGCAGUACACAAACAUAUACUCUUAAUUUUUUUUAGUUGUUACAUAAUUUUUGCUUACUCCAUGCAACAUCUCUCUUUAGCUGGUAGGGACUUCAUAAGUGUGUACUAAGUCAUCAGCAACACAAAUGAAUCUGUGUCAUGUUAUCAAAGGGAAAACAGUUUGUUCUCACUAUCUGCAAAUAUAGAUCUUCUGCUCAGACUGUUCUUCUUCCCUUUUUCAAAAAAAACAAAAUCAUUGCUUUAUAACUGUAAACACAGGGUGAAACUCUCCUGUUUGUUAUUGAUUUUUACGGAGAUUUUAUGGAAGUAUAUAACAUUUAGGGGACCACCAUAAUUUGUACAUCCCAGCUUUACCAUGCUGCUGUGGCAGUCGCCAACAAUGUAUGGAGACUUAUUUUUUUGAUCAGAGAAAUUACAGAAUUAGCAGAAACUUUAUGACUUUAGAAGUCAUUUUAUUGGUAUCAUGCACUCAGUGCACCCCACUGCUAAUUAUUUGGUCAGAAUACCUUUACACGAAUGAAUCUUCAGUUUUCAUACAUUGUUACUCUCGAUCUCUGUCUAAAACUAUCUUUAUUUGAAAAUAUUUUUUCAUUGGCUGCCUUUUUUGUGUGGAUUUAAGUUGAAUUUCUCAAGACUGUCAGAAGCGCACAAGCAAAACAGAAGCACCCCUUAUUAAACAAUGCCAAUUAUUUAGUGAAAUUCCUCUACAGUUACUUAAGAAUUUUUGCCAGCUGUGGAAAGUAUCUCAGUGGAAGCUUUUCUGUUCUCUAAGCAUACCAUUGUCAGUCACAUCACUUUAUACUUCUGGUGAUGUUAGUAUUCAUGUGACUAGUUUUUAGUGGAGAUUUCCUGUAUUCUUUAGCUUGUGCUGCCAAUAUCUAUAAACAGUAAUAAUUUUGUAUUUUCUCUUAUGUUCUAUAUUGUCAAAACAUCCAACAGAAAGUACUUUAUGUAAUGGAAACAUUUGUUGUCAUAUACUUCUUUUUGUAGAAUCACUGGUGGUCCCUGUCAAAGAUUAUAUGUGAAAGCAAUGCUUUAACCAAGUCUGUUCUAUUCAAACACUGUAUAUUUUUGUGUCAUUUUUGUUUUGCACUUGAAUAGUGGAAUCAGUGGCAGACAAAGCACUGUGUAACUAGUACUAGCAUCAUGACAAUAUAAAAUGUU